CGCCCGGCGGCAGCGAGGGAGCGCGGAGGGAGCCUGAGGCUCGGCUCGGCUCGGCUCGGCUUGGCUCGGCUCGGAUCAUGUCGCCAUGUCGGAAGUGAGGAAGUUCACGAAGCGGCUCAGCAAGCCGGGCACGGCGGCCGAGCUGCGGCAGAGCGUCUCGGAGGCGGUGCGCAGCUCCUUCGUGCUGGAAAAAGCAAAAGUGGUGGAACCCUUGGACUAUGAGAACGUGAUCCUUCAGCGCAGAGUUCAGAUCUACAGUGAUCCCCUCCGGGAUCUCCUGAUAUUUCCAAUUGAAGAUGUGUCUAUCUCGGUCAUCGGCCGACAGAGAAGGACUGUCCAGUCAACAGUGCCAGAAGAUGCUCUAAAGAAAGCUCAGAGUCUCUUUGUCAAAGAGUGCAUUAAAACCUACAGCUCUGACUGGUUCGUGGUAAACUACAAAUAUGAGGAAUACUCAGGAGACUUUCGGAUGUUGCCAUGCAAAUCCUUUAGGCCAGACAAGAUUCCAAGCCAUGUGUUUGAAAUUGAUGAAGACUUUGAAAAGGAUGAGGACUCCUCUUCCCUGUGCUCCCAGAAGGGUGGUGUGAUCAAGCAGGGCUGGCUGCACAAAGCAAACGUCAACAGCACCAUCACUGUUACCAUGAAGGUAUUCAAGAGGAGGUAUUUUUACUUGUCACAGCUCACAGAUGGCUCCUAUAUUCUGAAUUCCUACAAAGAUGAGAAAAUUUCAAAAGAAUCCAAAGGCUGCAUUUUCUUGGAUGCUUGCAAUGAUGUGGUUCAGUGUCCCAAGAUGCGCCGCUAUGCGUUUGAGCUGAAGACAAUAGACAAGUACAGCCACUAUCUUGCAGCUGAAACUGAGCAGGAGAUGGAGGAGUGGCUGGUGACUCUGAGGAAAAUCAUUCAGAGCAAUACUGAGAGUUUGGUGCAGGAGAAGAAAGAUGCUGUGGAAUCUGUGCAAGAUGAUGAAUCAAGCACGCAGGGAAAGUCAGAGAACAUCCUGGAGAGCCUGGAGAGAAGCAUGCAUCCAGAGCUGAUGAAGUAUGGAAGAGAAACAGAUCAACUAAACAAACUGAGCAGGAAUGAUGGAAGACAAAACAUCUUUUCUUUUGACCCAGAAGUCCAGAGACUCGAUUUCUCAGGGAUUGAGCCAGAUGUGAAGCCUUUUGAGGAAAAGUGCAGCAGGCGCUUCGUGGUUUGCUGCCAGGACUUCUCCCUCAACCUCCUUGCUCAGCUGAGCGACAGGGCAGAAGAAGGACCCACCAACGUUGAGCCCUUUUUCCUAAGCUUGGCAUUAUUCGACCUGAAAAGUAAUUGCAAGCUCUCAGCUGACUUCCACGUGGACCUGAACCCUCCAUGUGUCCGGGACAUGCUGCAGGAGAGCUCGGAGCCCGGGGCCGAGGGCACCCCGGGGCCCGCUGCUGGCCAGAGCCUGGUGCACGGCGUCCCCGAGUCCUGCCUGCGCUACGUAAAACGGGGGGUGUUCUCCGUGACCAACCCGCACACAGAGAUCUUCCUGGUGGCCCGAGUGGAGAAGGUGCUGCAGGGCAGCAUUGCCCACUGUGCAGAGCCCUACAUGAAAAACUCAGACCCUGGGAAGACUGCCCAGAAGGUCCACAAGGUGGCCAAGCAGGUGUGCAGCCGUCUGGGGCAGUACCGGAUGCCCUUCGGCUGGGCUGCCAGGCCGGUUUUCAAAGACUCCCAGGGCACUCUUGAUGCUGAUGGAAAAUUCUCACCCCUGUACAAGCAAGACAGUGGCAAACUCUCAAAUGAAGAUAUGCUGAAGCUUUUAGCGGAGUAUAAGAAACCAGAGAAGACAAAACUUCAGGUCAUUCCAGCCCAGUUAAAUAUCAUCAUCAAAGACAUCCCACUGGACUUCACAAAUUGUUUCACAGCUUCCUACAUUCCUAUAAAACCUUUUGAGAAGGGCUGUGAGGACAUUGCAGUUGAAGUGGAGGAGCUUGUCCCAGAAGUUGCAAAAUACUGUUACCCCUUCACCGUCUACAAAAACCACCUCUACGUGUACCCCUUGCACUUGAAGUACGAGAACCAGAAGGUGUUUGCAAAGGCAAGGAAUAUUGCUGUCUGUGUUGAGUUCAGGGAUUCAGAUGAAGCUGAUGCCAGGCCAUUAAAGUGCAUAUAUGGCAAACCCGGGGGCCCUCUGCUGACCACAAACGCGUUCGCUGCCGUGCUGCAUCACAACCAGAGCCCGGAGUUCUAUGAUGAGAUUAAAAUUGAGCUUCCAAUUCACCUCCAUCAAAAGCAUCAUUUGCUUUUCACCUUCUAUCAUGUCAGCUGUGAAAUUAAUACAAAGGCAACAUCGAAAAAACAAGACACCGUUGAAACUCAAGUGGGGUUCAGCUGGGUGCCGCUGCUGAAGGACGGGCGCAUCGUCCCCCUGGAGCGGCAGCUGCCCGUGGCAUCCGCCCUCCCCCCCGGCUACCUGGGCCUUGCAGACAGCGACUCACGCAAGCAGCCCAGCACGGAUGCAAAGUGGGUGGAUGGAGCAAAGCCACUGUUUAAAAUCAGAAUCCAUUUGGACUCUACCAUUUACACCCAGGACAUGCACUUGCACAAAUUCUUCCACUACUGCCAGCUGGUUCAGGCGGGAGCUAAGGAAGUACCAGGAGAGCUUGUUAAAUACCUAAAGUGUUUGCACGCCAUGGAGAUCCAAGUAAUGAUUCAGUUUCUACCUGUAAUUCUUAUGCAACUAUUUAGAGUCCUCACAAACGUGACGCAGGAGGAUGAAGUAGCUGUCAACUGCACCAUGGUUCUUCUGCACAUCGUGUCCAAGUGUCAUGAGGAAGGUCUGGACCACUACCUGCGCUCCUUCCUAAAGUACGUCUUCCGAGCCGAGAAACCCAGUGCCAAGCAGGCAAAGAUGACCCACGAAAUCCUGGUGCUUUCCAUGGCCACCAUCUUGAAGCAGUCAGCAGAUUUUCUGGCCAUCAAUAAGCUCCUCAAGUACUCGUGGUUUUUCUUUGAAGCACUGGCAAAGUCCAUGGCAAUGUACUUACUGGAAGAAAACAAAAUCAAGCUGCCCAGAGGCCAGAGGUUCCCCGAGUCCUACCAGCACGCCCUGCACUCGCUGCUGCUGGCCAUCAUUCCUCACGUCACCAUCCGCUAUAACGAGAUCCCCGAGGAGUCCAGGAAUGUCAACUUCAGCUUGGCUAACUUCCUGAAGCGUUGCUUGACCUUUAUGGACAGAGGAUUUGUUUUUAACUUGAUAAAUGAUUACAUUUCUGGAUUCAGCCCAAAAGACCCUAAGCUGCUGGUUGAGUACAAGUUUGAAUUUCUUCAAACUGUUUGCAAUCACGAGCACUACAUCCCUCUGAACUUACCAAUGACAUUUUCCAAACCCAAGCUGCAAAGAGUUCAAGAUACAAAUCUUGAGUACAGUUUAACUGAUGAGUAUUGCAGGCAUCACUUCCUCGUGGGGAUGCUUCUUAGAGAAGCCUCUGUUGCCUUGCAGGACAAUUAUGAUAUCAGAUAUACGGCCAUCUCAGUCUUAAAAAACCUCCUGAUCAAGCAUGCCUUUGACAACAGAUACCAGCACAAGAACCAGCAGGCAAAAAUUGCCCAGCUGUACCUGCCGCUGCUCGGGGUGCUCCUGGAGAACCUGCAGCGCGUGGCUGGCCACGAGGCACUGACCUCCUGCCCUGCCUCCAGCCCUGCAUCCAGGGAUGAAUUCAUAUGCAGUUUUCCAUCCCCCUCAAGCAGAUCCAGCCUGAUUGCAGACAAAGAUACAGCCUGUGGAGCAGCCCUUCCAAAUGGCCAUACAAUAAAGCGAGAGGACUCAAAAGGAUCCCUGAACUCAGAGGGAGCGACCAGUUCCCCGGAUCAGAGUGAAAAUAUCCGCAGGAGCUCCAUGAGGAGCAGCCUGUCCCACUACAGCCGGCUGGACCAGUUCGAGAUCCGGACCCUUCUGAUGUGCUACCUGUACAUUGUGAAGAUGAUCUCUGAAGAUACUCUUUUAGCUUACUGGAACAAAUUCUCCCCCCAGGAGCUGAUCAACGUCCUCAUGCUUCUGGAGGUGUGUUUAUUUCACUUCAGAUACGUGGGGAAGAGAAAUAUUGCCAGCUCCUGCAUGAGACCCCCAGGCUCAGGCGCGCACAGGUUGGCAGUGUCCCCCCCAGCCAGCUGCAGGGUGCAGGAUGCCUGGUUGUCCAAGCACACGGCAGCCGAGAGGAAAUCCCAGACCAUGCCGGCGCUCCGCAGCAGGGCCGGGGUGCGGCUCCAGCACCUGGGCAGCUUGGAGAGCUCCUUCACCCUCAACCACAAUGCAGGCACCUCAGAAGCAGAUAUUGUGCACCAGGCAUUACUGGAGGGCAAUAUUGCCACCGAAGUGUGCCUGACAGUGCUGGACACCAUCUCUUUUUUCACUCAGAGUUUCAAGACCCAGCUUUUAAGCAACGAUGGCCACAAUCCACUUAUGAAGAAGGUUUUUGAUAUUCAUCUGGCUUUUCUCAAAAAUGGGCAGUCAGAAGCAGCCCUUAAGCAUGUGUUUGCCUCUCUGAGAGCUUUCAUUAGCAAGUUUCCCUCAGCAUUUUUCAAAGGAAGGGUGAACAUGUGUGCUGCCCUCUGCUAUGAGAUCCUGAAGUGUUGCACUUCCAAGGUGUCCUCCACAAGGAACGAAGCCUCUGCUCUUCUGUACCUCCUGAUGAGAAAUAAUUUUGAGUUCACCAAAAGGAGAACAUUUCUGAGAACACAUCUUCAGAUAAUAAUUGCAGUGAGCCAGUUAAUUGCAGAUGUAGCCCUCAGUGGUGGGACCAGAUUUCAGGACUCCUUGCUCAUCAUUAACAACUUUGCAAACAGCGACAGGCCGAUGAAGGCAACAGCUUUUCCUUCUGAAGUCAAGGAUUUGACAAAGAGAAUCCGCACAGUGCUCAUGGCUACUGCUCAAAUGAAAGAACAUGAAAAGGACCCAGAAAUGCUGGUGGAUCUCCAGUACAGUUUGGCCAAGUCUUACGCAAGUACCCCCGAGCUCCGGAAGACGUGGCUGGACAGCAUGGCCAAGAUACACGUGAAGAAUGGAGACUUCUCAGAGGCAGCCAUGUGCUAUGUUCACGUUGCAGCCCUCGUUGCAGAGUUCCUGCACAGGAAGAAACUGUUUCCCAGUGGAUGCGCUGCCUUCAGGAAAAUCACUCCCAACAUUGAUGAAGAAGGUGCAAUGAAAGAAGAUGGUGGGAUGAUGGAUGUACAUUACAGUGAGGAGGUCCUGGUGGAGCUGCUGGAGCAGUGCAUAGAUGGUCUGUGGAAGGCAGAGCGUUAUGAAACAAUUUCUGAGGUUUCCAAACUGAUCAUUCCCAUUUAUGAAAAGCGGCGUGAAUUUGAGAAACUCACCCAGCUGUACAGAACACUCCAUGGAGCAUAUGCUAAGAUAUUGGAAGUCAUGCACACAAGGAAGAGGCUUCUUGGAACCUUUUUCAGAGUGGCCUUUUAUGGACAAACAUUCUUUGAGGAAGAAGAUGGGAAGGAAUACGUCUAUAAGGAACCCAAACUGACAGGCCUCUCGGAGAUCUCCUUCAGACUUCUUAAACUUUAUGGAGAAAAAUUUGGGUCAGAGACUGUAAAGAUCAUCCAGGAUUCUAAUAAGGUCAACAUUAAAGACCUUGAUCCCAAGUAUGCCCAUAUUCAAGUGACUUAUGUGAAGCCCUACUUUGAAGACAAAGAAAUGUCUGAAAGAAAAACUGAAUUUGAAAGAAAUCAUAAUAUCAAUAGAUUUGUAUUUGAAACUCCUUACACUUUAUCUGGAAAAAAGCAUGGCAGUGUGGAAGAACAAUGCAAAAAAAGGACCAUUCUAACUACUUUGAACUCCUUUCCAUAUGUUAAGAAGAGAAUUCCAGUCAAUUAUGAACAUCAAGUCAAUUUAAAGCCAAUUGAUGUCGCUACUGAUGAAAUAAAGGACAAGACAGCAGAGCUGCAGAAACUCUGCAGCUCUGCUGGUGAUGUUGACAUGAUCCAGCUGCAGCUCAAACUGCAGGGCUGUGUCUCUGUGCAGGUUAAUGCUGGUCCUUUGGCUUAUGCCAGAGCUUUCCUAAGUGAUAGCCAGUCCAGCAAAUAUCCUGCUAAGAAGGUGAAUGAGUUAAAAGAAAUGUUCAGGAAGUUUAUCCAAGCCUGUGGAAUUGCUCUGGAGCUCAACGAGCGUCUCAUUAAGGAGGAUCAAGUGGAGUACCAUGAGGGGUUAAAAUCAAACUUUCAGGAUAUGGUGAAGGAGCUUUCUGACAUCAUCCAUGAGCAGAUCUAUCAUGAAGACACAAUGCAUUCACCGUGGAUGCAGGACUCCCUUCAUGUCUUCUGUGCCAUCAGUGGAACCUCUGGUGAUGGAAGUUACUGCUCACUCAGACCCACUGCUGACAUGUAAACAUAUCAGUCAUAUUUUACAGAGCUUCCUCAGGAAUUCUUGGAACUGUACAGAGGAUGUUUGAAACCAUCCAUGAUGAGCAAAGAUUGAACUGCAGGGUGGUUUGGUUUGUUUUGCUUCGGUUUUUAUUUCCCACAAAAAAAGUUGCCAUGCUUUCAAACAGGGUGCUUGCUUAUUUUGCUGAGCAACAUUGAAAGUGCCUGGACAUUGCACCACUGUGCUUGUUUUCUACUGUUUUUUUUUAAGCUAAAUGAAUAGCAGGACAUGGAAAGGCAAUUACCUAAAUACAUGUUGAAUUGCUGAACUAUGAAUCGAAACAAUGACGUACUGUGUAAAGCUGUACAAUGGAAUAUAAUAAAAUGUAAAACUACUUUGUAAAUAGAA